UACACUGUAGUUCAUAUCAGUACCACAAUGAGCCACUACACCACGGCUUUACUUGGUCUGCUUUUCGUCGUUUGUGGUGUAUCCUGCAAUGAGCAAUGUGGGGUGUUGGUGAACAUUGACUCUGGGCCUGUGUGCGGGAAGGUGGAGAUUGCCGAAAACAGCACCAAAUACUACAGCUUCCAGGGAAUACCGUACGGGAAACCACCCACAGGAGCCAGGAGAUUUGCAGAAUUAGAGCCUGUGGAGCCAUGGACUGAUCUAUUGUAUGCUUACGAGGAAGGGCCAGCUUGUCCUUCGAGAGACAUUAUCUAUGGCAGCAUUACUGUCAAGGCCAAGGGUGUCAGCGAAGACUGUAUCUAUGCCAAUGUCUUUGUGCCCGCGACCGCUCAACUAAGCACCGAUGAACUCAGCGAAGUUAGUUUACUGCCCAUACUGGUGAACAUCCACGGGGGCGCCUUCAAUGCAGGGUCGGGCAAUCGGGAUUUGCACGGACCAGAGUUAUUAAUGGUGAAAGAUGUUAUUGUGAUCAAUUUUAAUUACAGAUUGGCGGUUUUCGGAUUUUUAUCUCUUGCUUCGGAUAAGAUUCCGGGUAACAACGGUCUGCGCGACAUGGUGACACUGCUACGCUGGGUUCAAAGAAACGCACGAGUCUUUGGGGGGGAUCCUGAUAAAGUGACAGUGCUCGGAGAGAGCGCUGGGGCUGCAUCGGUUAAUCUUUUAAUGAUGUCUGAUGCCGCUAAGGGACUUUUCAACAAAGCCAUAAUAAUGAGUGGUACAGCUUUUCCAAGCUUCUACAGCACCUCUGCGGUAUACGCCAAAUAUGUCGCCGAUUUUUUCCUCGGACAAUUGGGUGUUAACUCUACUGAUCCUGAUGAAAUUCAUCAGAUUUUAAUUGAACUACCUUUGGAAGACAUCAUGAAGGCCAAUGACGUGGUGCAAUACAAUUCAGGUAUAGCCUCGUUCGUGCCGGUAGUGGAAAUUGAAGGUCAUAACUAUACGAGGAUUAUUGAUGACGACCCCAUAGUUCUCAUAGCAGAGGGUCGGGGUAAGGAUAUUCCCUUACUAAUGGGUUUCAAUCAGAAUGAAGGAGAAACAUUCAGGUGGCUUUUAACCAUUAUGGAUGCGUUAACUCGUUACAAAACUAAUCCGGCUGCUAUAUUAUCACCGAGAUUAGCUUACGAGUUAUCGACAGAAGAAGCUUUGGCUAAAGCAGAAUUAGUAGCGAAAAGAUAUUUUGACGGUGAAGCGACUAUGGAUGGUUUCAUAAAAAGUGUAACAGAUCAAUUGUUCCAAUAUCCUAUUAUAAAACUAGCACAAUGGAGAACAUUGCUCAAUUCAGCACCGACUUUUCUGUACGUAUUUUCGUAUCAGGGUGACUUCAGCGUUAUAAAGAGAUCUAACUGGUUAAGUUACAACGGUACAGGUCAUGUCGAGGAUCUGACGUACGUGUUUCGCACCACCACAUUUCUCCGCGAUCACGUAUCGAUUCCUCCUCAGACUAGGGAUGAUCACAUGAGGGACUGGAUGUCCACACUGUUCAGUAACUACGUAAAAUGCAACAAUCCAACAUGCACAGAGUCUGAUGAUCCUCAGUGGCCACCGAUCAAUCAAACAGAGUUAAUGUAUCAACUCAUUAAAGAGCCCAACGUCUACAGCCUGUCCGCUCUGUCUGAUGAGUUCAAGACAAUGGUUGAGUUCUGCGAUAGCGUGGAUGACCAAGUCAGGACACGUUCAGAGACUUUCAAGCAGCAACACGCAUGUAAAAUGCACGGUGGAAUACUUUUUACAUUAGUUGUCACUGCCACUACCAUAGCAGGACUCGAAUUGACAAUUGACGACUUGCUUCAACAACAGUCCCCAGAGUUAAUGACAGACAGUACCAGCUCUCCUCGACCAGACGAUGGAGCGAUUAGCACACUAAGCGGGAACAUGGGCAGCACUGAUGACGUAGUCACGACUACUGAAGUUGAAACAACUAUAAAACCCUCAGUUACUGACGAAAACGUUUCUAUCACCACCUUGAGGAUAGAAACGGAAGCACCAACCACUGGUCUCACGGAUAGAACCGAGAGUGAGGUGGUUAGUAUGGAACAGAACAACCUGAUCGAGACUACACACGGUUUAGUCAGGGGAUUUGAAUGGCACACCACGGGGGACAUUAUCAGCUACAUCGACAUACCUUAUGCAAAAUACACUAAGUAUUUUGAGGAACCAAAGUCUUCCAAUGCUUGGGAAACGACGCAUGAAGUCCGAGAACACAAGUCUCGAUGCCCACAAUUACAAGGAGGUUCACUUGUGGGUAGUCAAGAUUGUUUGACUUUGAGUAUCUUUGCACCGGCUAAUGCCGAAAAUGUCAGUGUUUUGUUCCAUAUACACGAAAGUAACUUUGUCCAGGGCAGUGCUGACCCAGCCCUAUACGGUCCGGAGUACUUAGUGUCCAAAGGGCUCAUAUUAGUUCUACCAAACUAUAGAUUGGGCCCAUUGGGAUUUUUGUGUUUAAGAAACACAGUGGCUCCAGGUAACGCAGCUCUCAAGGAUUUAAGUAUGGCUCUACAGUGGACAAAGAAUAACAUUGCAAAAUUUGGGGGGAAUCCUGAUACUAUUGUGGUUAGUGGUGAGGGGACUUCUGGUGCGUUGGUAGGCUUUUUGGCCUUGUCGUCUUCUUCAAGGAACUAUUUUGAUAAAGCUAUAACAGAGAGCGGAUCAGUUCUUUCGUAUUGGGCUUUAGACCGAAAUCCCGCAUUGACUGGCGAAAAACUAACCGAAGCGUUGACCAAAAUCGACAACAGUGUUAAUUUGGAAACUGCCGAAAUUCUGACAAUAUUAAAAGCUGCACAAAACAUUCAUUUCCGACCUUGUAUUGAGAAAGGCAAUAAUCCUUUUAUGACUCAAACUCCAUGGGGAAUGAUACGAGAACAGGAAGUCAAUAUAACUUUUAUGAUUGGAUCGGCAAACUACGCUGGCUUGAACGAGGCCUUAGAUCAGAACGAAGCGAGCAUUGAGCAGUUAAAUGAUGAUUUUGCAACUCUGCUACCGGACGAUUUGGCUUUCGGUAGUGACAUAGAAAGACAAAACGUAGUGAGAAACGUUAGAUCUCAGUAUUUUAUAGAAAACAAGCCGAUCACGUUAGAAGACCACAUAGAGGGACUUUCACUGUGCUUUACUGAUUCCUGUUUCUUAGGGCCAGCCAUCAGAACUGCCAGAUCUUUGGCUAAUGCGGGAGCUAAAGUCUAUUUCUACGAAUUCAGUUUUACAGAAUUAAUUUCAGAAUCGCAUACUGUAGACAGACCAGUCGAAGGAGCGGUUCGCGGUGAUAUCAGAAACUACGUGUUCACUCAGGAUGGCAGAAUAUUGACUGAAGGAACUGCUGAAAGGGAGGUCGUCGAUAUAAUGGUCGAUACGUGGUUUACUUUUAUUGAAAACGGAAAUCCAGUAGCGAAUGAGACGGAUUGGAACCGACUAACUGUGACCGUUCCAGCACAAGAAGAAUGGAUGCAGCUCGGUCCUGAAAUCGGCUUAAAACAAGGACUGCACUUAAGCAGAUUAAAUUUAUGGACCAACAUCUACAACAACUAUUUCAUUGAAAUGCGUAAUAACGUAAAACGACCGAACCUAAAUAUUUACACUGGAAUCGUAUCGCUCAUAACCUAUUUCGGAUUUCGGAGGUUCCGAAUAGCAGAUUAGUCACCGACACGAGGUCACACACGCCCACGCGGCGAGACCAAAGUCAAUUAACUAAGCAUACGCCAUGUACGUUAAAUAUUCGAUGUAAAUGGUAUAUCAUAA